AUGAAGAUCCAGGGGCCAGAUCGACUGGCCUGGCUGGCUGGUUGGGAACCGCACGAGCACCCGUACAAGACCAAUCUACAUCGCCUCCACAUCCGCUACACCUCCUACCGAAACAAGCUCAUCGGUCGACGACGAAUUCAAUCUCGAAGCUCGCUUGCCAGGACAAUCGACGCCACCCAUCUCCGAGACAGAUCCGCCUCUUUCUCUUCGGCACAGCCUAUCCCUGGACCCAUUCAACCACACAAGAUCAAACUCAAGCUCGUUGCAGCUGAGCCUAACAUGCGUAAGAAACGUGGCUUGUCUCGGCCGCUCAGGUCCGGGCUUCGUGCCUCGUUACCGUCCGCUUCCGAAGCGCUGCAGGUCAAUCAAGGGCGGGUGUCAGUGCUGCUUGGGAUCGAUGGCUUCGGCCGACGUUCUGCUCGCAGCAGCGCCUCGCCGAUCUUGCGCUUCUUGGCUUGCAGCAUGCGGCUUCCGCCACGCCUAGCUGAGACUGCAGGCUCAGCCAGAAGCGCUUCAGCUAGCGUAGCGGCAACGCCAAGCCAGCCGACGCAGCCAAGCCCUGUCCUGCUCCGAGCACCAGCAGCCGCCACGUUCAAAUGGCUGCGUCGGCCGCCUCGCCUUACUGCCUAUGCACGUCCCGCCGAUCGAGCAUUCCCCUGUACCACUGUCGCCCUCGCCCUCAAAGCCAACGCGCCCUGUUUUGCUGCCAACUUGGCCUCGCCUGCCCUCGCCCUGCCUCGCCUCUCCGGUCGCAGUCCCCCGCUCGCUCUACGCGACCUGCGCGGUGCAUCUGUUGUGUGCGCACAAAUUACACCUGCACCAGCUGCCCGCGAUCGCGCGCCCCUUCCCGGUCUUAUACAGCACCGCUGCGCCAUCGUCGCCUACCCAUCGUCCGACCGCCAGGCGGUGCUUGCUGCCCUCUCCGACGUGGUCACCGUCAGUCCCAACCCAGACAACCAGCGCAACGCAGGCUUCUCCCGCCACGCCCAUCACCCUUCCUACGACCCGGAAUCCUCCUACACCGGCCUCCAGCCGCUUCCCAUUACAGAACCGCCACCCAUGGUCCCCGCAAAGAGCCCCUUCGAGGACCGCAGCCUCCCUCCGCCCCCAGAGGUGCCUGCCAAAGCCUCCGGCACCAGCAUGGCCAACAAAUUCGCCAACGCCUUCCGCAGGACCAACGCGGACGACAAGGCAAAGAAGCGCGCAAAGGACAAGCGUAUGAACGAUGAGAUCAACAAGACCGCCGCCAGGACCAGCCGCAUGGACAUCAUCGACCGCCUCGAUCUCUCCGGUAUCAACGGCUCCAGCAUGUUCCAUCACGACUCGCCAUACGACGCCUGCGCUCCGCACAUGAACAAGGGCAAGCGCGCCCCCGUCGGCGCCUUCGAUCCCAACGUCGACCCCAUGACCGGCCUACCCCGGAAUGCGGCGGGCGCCAAGGCUGGUCGCACCGGCCGCGCCGGUGCAGGCGAUGCGCUCGCGGCCGACGCCAGCCCGGCUGACGAGAAGGCAGGCGCACGACCCGGUGCCAACGCCGCCGGCGGUCGAACACGAAGCUCCACCGCCCCACUCGUCCCGUCGCUCUCCAUGCACGCCGAGGGCUCGACCACCGAGCUCCCCAUCGACGAGGACAUCGACGCAGACCGCGACGCCGAAGCAGAACGCAUCUGGCGAAGUCGUCAAGGCUAUCACACCCAGCCGUCCAACGUGCCCGACAGCCGCUACGACGUCUCGAAUCCCAACGCAGACGUGUGGGGCGAGACCGCAGCGGCACCACCAGCGCCGCCAGCAGCCGGCACCACCAGCGCCGCCAGCAGCGUGCUCGACAUGGAGGCCAUCAUGACGGGCAAGAAGAAGCCUUCGCGUGCCCAGCAGGACCUCGACGUCGGCAGCGCAAGCCCCUUCCCCGAGCCCAACUGGGACGAGCGAGCGCCCGCGGGUGCCGACGUGCCCAAGCGCAGCAAGAGUCUCAUCAAGCGCAUUCGCAGCAUGCGCGAGAACCCCAACGUGCCUCCUCCCGAGGAUGGCGCCGUCGAGAUGCGCGACCGCCGUCGUCGCGCGGCGCAGCACAAGCACUCGCCCAGCACACCGCCGACUGCCGUGGGCGGCCAAUCGUCGUACGAUUCGCGCGAUUCGCGCGCUGCCGCCGAUGCGGCUGUAUCGAGCGGCAGCUACGGCCGUCGCACCAACCGCACCGUCGUCACGCCCAACGAGAGGGACGUCGUGACGCCCCGAGCGCAGCACGACGAUGACGUCUCCUACUUUGCCGCCAACGCCGACUCGAGGAGCGGCGCACCACGCUCGCCAGCCGCCGAAGGAUCCGGCCUCACCCGCAACGGCAGUCUCUUCAACAAGCUCCGCCGCGGCCAAAAGUCGUCGCCUAAAUCCGCCGAACGUCCAGCUGCCUAUGCUUGA